AUGCCCGACACCAGACCAGUAACCAUCAUCCCCGCCUCCUCCCUCGCCCAGUCCGGCGGCCAAACCGACGGCAUGAUCCGCCAAAACGCCCUCGUGAACCUCACAGACCAAAUCUGCGCCUCACGCAUGAUCGCAAAACCCCACUCCUCCUCAGCAGUACACCACCACGGCGACCAAGACACGGUGGUAUUCGCUUUCUCCGGCCACGGGACGAUUGUGAGCGAGGGCGGGAAGAACAAGCAGAAGCUGGCACCAGGGGAUUACGCGCUGAUACCUGCGUGGGCGGAGCAUCAGGAGGUCAAUGAGGGGGAUGAGGAGGUGGUGUGGUGUAUUGUGCGUGCUCCGGGGCCGGCGCCUAAGGUGGAGAAUUUGAGUGGGUGGAGUUAA